ACCAUCACACACCAAUAUCAGGUCUAUCAAUAUUCUUAAACUUGAAAAACGGUUCAUCGAGACUCCAAUCAGAGCACAUAUAUACGUCCUUGACCUGAGUGCCCAGGUGCUAUAGAGGGCGGAUUUAAAUUUCAGGAUAAGAGAAUAUAGAUGGAAAUUGUGUCAACAGGAAACGAGAAACCUUAGGAAGGGCUAUGACAUUUAACAUCAGCACUACAUGGGAUGGUCGGCCAAUAGACCAUGACCCAGUUAUAAUAUCGUUAGACCAUGACAGAUGUAACAAUGUGAUAAUGACCGUUGAUGCUCCUUUCUUCAAUGAUCCAGCCAACCCUGGUGGUACCCCUGGUCAGCCAUUUCCUGGGCUAUGGGAUUAUGAAGUUGCAGAGGCAUUUUUUCUCAAUGAUCAGAAUGAUUAUUUGGAAGUUGAACUGAGUCCGCAUGGACAACACCUGCUUUUGUUGCUGCAUGGAGCUAGGAAUAGUUUUAAACAACAACUUCCACUGAAUUACAAAGCUGCUAUUAAAAACAAUAGAUGGACUGGGGUAGCCACCAUACCCAGCAGCUAUUUCCCUCCAAAAGUCACUAAAUUUAAUGCUUAUGCAAUCCAUGGAUCAGGGACCAAUAGAACAUACGAAUCACUGUAUCCUGUUCCAACAGGGAAAUAUACAAAUCCUGACUUUCACAAAUUAGAUUAUUUUCAACCAAUCGACUUUAAAGGACUGCUAGCUAGAAACUGGAGCCCACAGUAUUCCUCAGAUGAAUGGAAACAGUACUACCCAAAUAUGACAUAUACUAUCAGUACUCUCUGGGAUGGUAAGUCAAUAGACCAUGACCCAGUCAUGAUAUCAUUAGAUCAGGACCAACACAAUAAUGUGAUUAUGUCCGUGGAUGCUCCUUUUUUUAAUGACCCAGCCAACCCUGGUGGUACCCCUGGUCAACCAUUUUCUGGACUUUGGGAUUAUGAAGUUGCAGAGGCAUUUUUUCUCAAUGAUCAGAAUGAUUACUUAGAAGUUGAGCUGAGUCCGCACGGACAACAUCUGCUUCUGUUGCUGCAUGGAGCCAGGAAUAGUUUUAAACAACAACUUCCACUAACUUACACAGCUGCUAUUAAAAACAAUAGAUGGACAGGGAAAGCCACCAUACCAGGCAAUUAUUUUCCACCAAAAGUCACUAAAUUUAAUGCUUAUGCUAUCCAUGGAUCAGGGACCAAUAGAACAUAUGAAUCACUGUAUCCUGUACCAACAGGGAAAUAUACAAAUCCUGACUUCCACAAAUUGGAUUAUUUUCAAACAAUCAACUUUAAAGUACUGCUACCAGGUAACUGGAGCCCACAGUAUACCUCGGAGGAAUGGAAGCCAUACUACCCAAUUGUUGGAUAAAUCGUGCAAUAUUAUCAUUUACAUGUUUUUUAUGCAUAUUUCCUAUACAUUAGGACAUUGUUUUAACUUCUAUUUUUUUCCAACUUGAUUUUCAAUCACUUUGAUAUAAUUUUUGACAAAGUAUUUUUAGAAGCACUGAAAAUGCAUUCAAUUAAAAAUGAUUUAAAUGCCUCACAUAUUUCCAGGGCCUGGGAUACUCUUAAUAAUUGCUUAUUGUUAUCAAAUUUUAUGUUGAUUUUCAGCAUAUGUUUUGCUGUUGAUUAUUUUUAUAUGUUAUUCAUAUUAUUAUUAUGAAAUAGAAUAAACCAUUAUUUAAAAACA